AUGUGGACGUGUAUCACGGACUUCUUCACCUAUGAGACCACCAAGUCGGUGGUGGUGAAGAGCUGGACCAUCGGGAUCAUCAACCGCGUCGUACAGCUCCUCAUCAUCACCUACUUCAUCGGGUGGGUGUUUGUGCAUGAGAAGGCGUACCAGAUCAGAGACACGGCUAUAGAGUCGUCUGUCAUGACCAAAGUCAAAGGCUUUGGACUCUACAACAACCGAGUCAUGGACGUAGCUGAGUACGUCACCCCCUCUCAGGGGGCCUCUGUGUUCUGCAUCAUCACUAAAUUCAUCACCACAGAGAACCAGGUGCAGGGAUACUGUCCCGAAAGUGAGAUGAAAUACAAGUGUACGCACGACAACAACUGCACUAGGUUCCUCAACAAGCCUGGAGGAAAUGGUCUUCCAACGGGCAGGUGUGUACAUUUCAACGACACCCUCAACACCUGUGAGAUCAGAGGCUGGUGCCCCGCGGAGAUCGACUACAUCAAGACGCAUCCUAUGAUGGAGGUGGAGAACUUUACCAUCUUCAUCAAGAACAGCAUCCGUUUCCCCCUAUUCAACUUCACCAAGGGUAACUUCCUGCCCACCAUCACCCCUCAGUACAUCAAGGCGUGUAACUUUGAUCAUGAGAACAACACCUACUGUCCCAUCUUCAGGGUGGGGGACGUCAUCCGCUAUGCACACCAGAACUUCACCACGCUGGCACAGAAGGGAGGGGUGAUAGGUAUAAAGAUUGGCUGGAUGUGUGACCUGGACCAGUCAGAGGAUGAGUGUAACCCUUCCUACUCCUUCACGCGGCUGGACGCCAUGUCGGAGAAGAACAGCGUCUCCCCCGGGUACAACUUCAGGUAUGCUAAGUACUACAAGAUGGACAAUGGGACAGAUUACCGUACUCUGCUGAAGGCCUAUGCCAUCAGGUUUGAUGUGCUUGUCAAUGGAAAUGCAGGGAAGUUUAACAUGAUCCCGACUCUGAUCAACAUGGUAGCUGCCUUUACGUCAGUUGGAGUGGGCACCGUGCUUUGUGACAUCAUACUCUUGAACUUUCUGAAGGGAGCAGAGCAAUACAAGGCCAAGAAGUUUGAGGAGGUAUCAGACACGCAGAUCGAGAACUCCUUAUCCAGCAAUGGGCUCUAUCGGAGUAGGGAGUUCAUUGGAGUAGAGAAGCAGUCAAACGACUCAGGGGCCUUUUCCAUUGGGCAAUACGGCUAACGGACAGCCAUUGGAAUGGAUUGUUUGAGGGGAAAGGUGGUGGCAAUUUGGGACGUUUGGCUGCAAAAUGUAGGUUUAGGGUGAUAUUGCCCAUAGACCCUAAUCUUGGAUCAGUUUAACAUUUCCCCCACAAAUGGUUAUGGUGAGAAUUGGGGAAGGGGAAACUGAUCCUAGAUCUGUACCUAGGCUAAACAUCACCCCGGACAGAGAAUGCAUAUAUGUAUGGCAUUGUAAUAUCCCUAAUAUUUCACAUGAACCUGUAAUUUACCUGUAAUAUUGUCAUGGUGGAGGUUGUAUGUGUAAUCCUUAACUUUGCAUGUGACCCUGCAUGUGACCCACCAUGGGCUAUCGUAUUUGAACUCCUACCUCUACAAAGUAUUAAAGUCUACCCACAACUUCAAUAAAAUUAUGUCACUUAAAUUUGA